AUGUUGAAGUCUAUCUCUCUUACAUUUUUGUUGGUGACAGUAGUCUCUGGAGGUAUAAUCCCAAAGGAUUACUUCAUCGACAUCCAGGGUGAACUUCUUUGUGAAGGAAAGACUUAUACUGAUGAAGCAAUUGUGGUGUUGUACGACUGGGACCGUAAGUUUUUUGGUUGAGCACAGAGAUUUUUAAAAAUGACACUUUUCAGCGAUCGAAGACGACAAAUUAGCUACCACAAAUGUUUCUAAAGCAGAUGAAGGCAAGUUCUCAAUCAGUGGAGCGGAAAGUGGAUUUAUGAAGUUUGAUCCGUACUUGUAUGUUGUUCACAACUGUAGUAAGUUAUUACUCGUUUUAAAAAAAAUAUUUUUUAAAUUUUUCAAAAAAAAGUUUUAAAGCUAGCUGAUAAUAACAAAAUUUGCUUUUUAGGCCGGGCUGAUACCACUCGUAUUAAGGUCGAUCUGAGUCAAGACGGAAUUUACAGUAAAGGAGAAGAAAAGAAAAUCACCAAAGUCAAAUUGGACUUGUCUACAGGUGAGGCGAGCUCUUAGAGUAUUUUACAUUGUAAGAGACAGUACUAUAGUAAAUGGAACUAUGUAAAGUACUAAGAGUGGGACUAUAUAAUACAACCAGUGGAAGCUAGACAGGGAAUGGCGUAACGGCUUUGGGCUAGGACUCUGAAGAUAAGGCUCUCAGGCUAGGGCUCUUACGCUAGGGCUCUGGGCAAGGACUUUGGGCUAGGACUCUGGGCUAGGGUUAUAGGGCUAGGGCUCUGGGGCUAGGGCUCUCGGGCUCGGCUAAAACGCUAAUUAUGUUAAACAAGACAGUACUUUUAGGCAAAUUAGUAAACUGA